UCUUCAUUUUCCCAAAAUAUUCAGAGAGGAAAAGCUUCAAAGUUUCUGUAAAAAAUGGCUUCAAGAAAUGUUCUUCAACACCAGAAUAAAGGUGAGGUACUUGUCCCUGGUGUAUUAAAGCAGAAAAAGAAUAUGGUAGCAGAAGGGAGAAACCGAAAGGCGCUUGGAGAUAUUGGGAAUCUGGCUACAGGCUGUGGAGUCGAAGGAAAGCCACUUCCUCAGGUAUCUCGCCCCGUAACAAGGAGCUUUUGUGCACAAUUGUUGGCAGCACCUCAAAAUCAGAAGAAAUCUGUGGCUGUUAAUGUAAAAGUAGCAAAUGUUGCUAAUGGAGCUCAAAAAGUACCUGUAGGAAGGAAGCCAGCUCAGAAGAAAGUCACAGUAAAGCCAAAACCCGAGGAGAUUAUUGAAAUUAGUCCCGACACUAGAGAGAAACUAAUGGAGAAGAAGAUGCUUGGGAAGAAGCAGGCUGCUGAAGACAUAACAAAGAAGAAAUCAACUCUUACUUCAACCCUCACUGCUCGAAGCAAGGCUGCGUGUGGUCUGAGUAAGAAACCAAAGGAGCAGAUUGUGGACAUUGAUGCUGCAGAUGUAAACAAUGAAUUGGCAGUUCUGGAAUAUGUUGAAGACAUUUACAACUUCUACAAACUAGCCGAGAGUGAGACAAGAGUUCAUGAUUACAUUGAUUCACAGCCUGAGAUAAACGAAAAAAUGAGAGCAAUUCUGAUUGAUUGGUUAAUUGAAGUCCACCACAAGUUUGAACUUAAUCCAGAAACUCUUUACCUCACAAUAAACAUUGUUGAUCGCUACCUCACUGUGGAGACUUCAUCAAGAAGGGAAUUGCAGUUGUUGGGCAUUAGUGCCAUGCUCAUAGCCUCCAAAUAUGAAGAAAUUUGGGCUCCUGAGGUCAAUGACUUCGUGUGCAUCGCAGACAAAACUUACAGUCAUGAUCAGGUGUUAGCUAUGGAGAAACAAAUUCUUGGGAAACUGGAAUGGUACCUAACAGUCCCAACACCUUACGUGUUCCUCGUACGUUUCAUCAAAGCUUCUCUGCCUGAUUCAGAAAUGGAGAACAUGGUAUAUUUUCUGGCUGAACUGGGAUUGAUGAAUUAUGCAACCAUUAUCUACUGUCCAUCAAUGAUUGCUGCCUCAGCUGUCUAUGCUGCUCGACACACUCUCAACCGAACCCCAUUUUGGAAUGGGACACUCAAGCUGCACACUGGUUUCUCAGAGUCUCAAGUAAUAGAGUGCUCGAGGCAGUUAGUCAGCUAUCACUCCGAGGCUGCAAAUCACAAGCUCAAGGUGAUUUACAAGAAGUACUCAAACUCUGAGAGAGGCGCUGUUGCAUUACUACCUCCAGCCAAAUCCCUGUUGACUGCAUCAUCAUCAUCAUCAUGAUGCUAGCUGAAGCUGCCCCAAAUGCAAUUAAUACUACUGACUGGGAAGAUGACUUAAUAUUUUUCUGUUUCCAUCAAUCAAGAAUCCCCUUUUGUUGUUGCACCCCCCUUUUAUUUGGUUUCUAUUAGUAGUACUACUUGAGCUCCAAGUAGUGUAACCCAUGACUAAAAUGAGAAAUGGAAAUUUGCUUAUUUUUUCUAA